UGCAGCCACUGGUUCCAUCACCUGAUUGGAGGGACCAGUGGAGAAGGAAGGAAGGAAGGAAGGAAGGAAAGAAGGAAGGAACAGACGGAGAUGGACGCAGCUGAAGACACAGAAAGAAAAAGAUUAAUUAAUUUGAUUUUUUUUUUCAUUAUUUAUUUUGGAGAUUAGUAUGCAAAUGUUUAACCAGCGUUGCGCAACAAGCGACACAAAUCGGCCUGAUCUCGCAGCUCCGCGGACACACAGCGAGUAAACUAGUUGGACAAGAUGUGUGAGACACAAUGACGGAGACUUCUCAGAGACCUGUUAGCGAUUCCACGUACUGACAGCAUUCACGGGACUCCGCACGAGCAGCAGGGGGCCUCACUAUGGAGUUUGCUUGUGAAUUCGUGUACGUGCCGCCAGCGGUGACCCAGCGGGACGCGCGGCGCGCGAUCGCCUGCAAGCGCUCAGCUCUUUUUCCUCCCGUCAAACCGAUGCGUCCCUGCCGCCCCCCCCCUCCUCGUCCAAGAAAGGCCGCCGAAGCAAAAGCUCCAAAGCCGGCCCCACCGGGCCCGAAUGUCACCGCACAGUUGGCAAAGAGCAAGGAAAUGAACAAGGCUGCGACGACCUCCAAAUUCUAUGUAAAAACCGAAACUCCCGAUAAAGCGGCGGCAGAUUCCCCGAAGCAUAAAGCUCCUCCAAGGACAGCCCUCCUACCGCCACACAUGAAGCCUCCGGGGAAAAGCCGGCCCCCUCCUCACAGCCACCUCACCCACGACCCCCCGGGCGAGACCGAUUGGAACCAACGACCCGCGGAGCCGCCGGAGGGCGUGAAGCGGCCCGAGGUGUCAGUCAUCCCGGAUUACCUGACGCUGUUACCGGGGUCGUUCUUGGACGCGUCCCUCGCCGCGGCGUCUACCGGUAAGGAGCCGCUGCCCGGGAACCCAAAUGUGCUCCUCGUCAGUUUACAAAAAUUAAUCUUGGAGGAAACCGUGCAGGCCACACAAUGGGAACCCACCUUUUGCUCCACGUGCGGCUCUGUGACGGACUCCUGCUAUGCCAAUGUGGUUGAGGAGUGUUACUUCUGCCAGCACUCUGAGCUCCCCAGCAUCCCCAGCAUCCCCAGCAUCCCCGGCACCCCCGGCACCCCCGGCAUGCCACAGUGUCCCCAGGACGUCCUCUUCCUGCUGCGUCCCGACGAGGAGCCCGUGUGCGCCGCCGCCGGUCUGCUGCUCUUCUGCAUCGACAUCUCGGGCUCCAUGAGCACCACCUCUCAGGUCACAGAGGGAGGACAGGUCGUACACAAGUCCCGCCUCCAGUUUCUGCUGGAGGCCGUGUCGCGGUGCGUUCAGAGACUCGGCGAGCAGCAGCCGGACAUCCGACUGGGACUCGUCACCUUCAACAGUCUGGUGACGAUGCAUGGAAACGAGAGCUUCGCGUCUCAUUCUCUGAGCAGCGCCGAGUUAAACAACUGCGACUUUCUGAAAGAGACGGCGGCCGGUUUCCCAACUCCACCCCCGCUCUCCCAGAACAUGCAUUACUUACAGAGACAAGUCAUGGGAUUAUGCGACGGAGGCACCACAGCUCUCGGUCCGGCCGCGCUGCUGACGAUUGAGAUCGCCUCCAGACAGCCAGGGUCCAAGGUCAUUAUCUGUACAGAUGGAAAGGCCAACACAGGGUUGGGUGAUCUGGAGCAAGAGGACAAUGACGCUCGCACACUCCUCUCCUCCACCAUAUUCUACCAGGACCUGGGGGACUACGCCGCCAGUCAGGGUGUGACGGUGUCCGUGCUGUCCAUCGAGGGGACGGACUGCAGGCUGGACGAGCUGGGAAGACUCGCCGAGCGCACUGGCGGGACGGUGGUGGUAGCGAGUCCCAAAAGGUUGCACUCCGAGUUCGAAGCCAUCAUUGAGAACAGGGUGAUCGCCACCCAAUGCACCGUCACGUUGCUGCUGCCCCAAUCACUGCACGUGAGAGGAGAGAAGGAGGCGGGACACAAAGGGACCAGAGAGGUGGGCAACGUGGACCCGGACACGGAGAUCACCUUCCAGUUCGGAGCCAGGGAGCAGGACGCGGACGCGCCGGCCACUGGAAACCGGGUCUCCAUCCAGCUGCAGGUCCGGUACAGGCAGAGGAAGGGACAGCCGAUGCUCAGAGUGAUCACCGCAAGCCGAGACGUUACAGAUGACGGCUCGGCGGCGCUGUCCGCUCUCUCCCUCGCCAUCAUCCAGCUCAACUCCUCACAGGCCAGCGCCGCCCUGGCCGUCCGAGGCCGCUUCCUCGACGCCAGGAAGGAAGGAGAGGUGCAGAGGAAGCUGAUCGAGAAGGCGAUGGAGCAUAAUCACAAUGCAGAGGACCAUCUCUACCAAGAAUGGAUUAAAACCAUGGAGCCAAUUUACAAAGACAAAGACAAUGACAUCACCAGGGCCGUCACAGACGCCGGCGCCGCUCUGUUCUACACGAUGAUGCGCAGCAACAGGAAGACCAUAACGCUGAAGAGCAAACAUCAACUCUGAGAGCUCCACAGUUCCACUGCCUGGAAGCAGCUGGUGUCGUGAAGGACGAGGGAAAAAUGCAGAUUUUUAUCAUCCGGCUGAAUAUGUGAAUCAAUAUAGUUCAGAAUAUGAUUGACAGGGGAAUUUCUUAUACAUCAUGUGAUUUUAGGAAUUCUUCUAGAAGUAUAAAACGAGAUCUAGCAGAAUGUAAUUAGCAUUUUCACUUGAACUAGGAAGAAUUUUGGUGCAUUAGAUAUACUCUAUAAUGUGAAACAAAACAAUUGACCACUAAAACCUCGCAC